AGGAGGACGAGGAGGACGAGGAAGAAGAGGAGAAAGAGGAGACAGACGUCAGCAGCUUGCCCUUCACUGUUAUUGUGAAGAGUGAAGAUGAGGAAGAGGAACCCCACAUGUCACAGCCUCGUCACGUCAAAACUGAAUACGGCCAAGAAGCAGAACCCCCCACCUGCAGCUCAGCUCAGCAGAUAAAAACAGAACACAGUGGAGAGGACCGCAGGAGACCAGAACCAGACUGGAACCCAGAUCCAAGAUGGCGUUUUCGGCUAAACAAUAAAGACAAGGUUUCGGACUCCUCUGAGACUGAAGCAAGCAACGAUAACACAAAUAAUGAUGAUGUUGCUGAAAAUGAUAAUGAUGAAGAUGAAGAUGAAAAUGAUGAUGAUGAUAGCGAUGAUGACCCUGAUUGGCAGGGCCCUUUGUCAGGUUCUGAACCUGAAACUGGAACUGAAAAGAGUGGUAACGGUCUGAAGCAGAUCAGAACACGUAGUUCUGGUACCAACGGGGAACAAAACGUAGAUUCGGAGACAAAAAGAUUUAAAAAAGGAACCCAGUUCAGCUGUAGUGACUGUGGACAAAAUUUCACCUGUAAAUCAAAUCUUAGAGCACAUCGAUCCGUUCACACUGGUGGCAAACCUUACAUUUGUGAUGUUUGUGGGAAAAGAUUUAAAAAGCGAGUCCAUCUUACAGAUCAUGAUAGAGUCCACACAGGAGAGAAGCCAUUUGGUUGUGAUCUGUGUGGUAAAAGAUUCAAACGCAAGUCCUAUCUUAAACCUCACAUGAUCGCWCACGCUGGACAGAGAGCACAUACCUGUGAUCUCUGUGGGAAAGGAUUUUUAGCAAAGAAGGCUCUCAAGGUACACAUGAGGAUCCACACUGGAGAGAGACCAUUUGUCUGUGAUGUUUGCGGUCGAGGAUUUAAUAAAAAGUCCAAUCUUAAAAAGCACACGAGUGUCCACACAGGAGAGAGACCAUUUUACUGUGGGUUUUGUGAAAAGGGAUUUAAAACUCAGUUUGACCUUAAAAGACACAUCAGUGUCCACACUGGAGAGAAACCGUUUGUUUGUAGUGUUUGUAGUAAACGAUUUUCACUACAAGAAACUCUGAGAAGACACAUGGGUGUUCAUACGGGUGAUAAACCAUUUAGUUGUAGUGAGUGUGGUAAAAGUUUUUUGGAGAAGAAGCAGGUAAAACAACACAUGCAAGUCCACACAGGAGAGAAAUCUGAAAACAAGGUCAAACCAGUAGAUAAACCAUUUGCUUGUACUAAGUGCAGAAGAAGAUUUCAAACGGAGUCAAAUCUUGAAACUCACAUGGGGGUCCACUCAGAAGAGAGACCAUUUCAAUGCAGAAUUUGUGAAAAAAGGUUUAAAACUCAKUAUGAUCUUAAAAGGCACAUGACGGUCCAUAGUGGGGAGAAACCAUUUGGUUGUAGCAUUUGUAACAGAAGAUUUUCUCGGCAAGAGUUUCUGAAGAGACACAUGGUUGUUCACUCAGGUGAGCAGCCUUUUGGGUGUGAUAUCUGUGGUUUUAAAUUCAAAUAUAAGGCUGAUGUUGUAACGCACAUGAUGGCCCAUCAUGAGACUGUGGAAGAGCGCACUUCUCACUGAAGUUUCUCAUACGGAACUAUGAGAGAAAUCACUUUAGGGAAAGGGAAGUUUUAUCUAACAUGAAAUCUGAUGUUUGUGGACUAAGAUUAAGCUGAAAAUGACACCAAAGGCUCCGCACUUUUGCAACAGUUGGGGCUUGUAGUACUUUAACUGGAAUCCACUAAUAAAGACAUUUUGCCCUU